CGGGUUUAAGUCGGCUGCGCUCGCUCGCUCUCUCGGGCGUUCGUUCCGCUGAGUUAAUCCGACGUUACUCGCAUUGCGUCGCCUCGACAUUCGCGUUUUACGUGCCUCAUGCCGCGAAUCUAAUCCGAUACCGAAAUAUUUCGCGUGUAAAACGCGAAAGCGUUUUCAUAAAUUCUGUCCGAUUAUAAAAUUAUAAAACGAGAAUGUUAUAAGCACCGGGACAAUCUGUUCGUGUAAAAACACGCUCUUCGCACGCGGAAUUAAAACGACGAGAGCUAUUGUCUCACGGAUAAACUCAAGCGGAGAGGGAUAAUUACGAAUAGUUGACAGUAACUCCGACUAGAUGUAAUCGCGGUGACUUUCGUGACACUCGGUAGACGCGCCGCUCCGGUAGCAACUAAACAGCUGACGGUUCUAAAACCGCGCUUAAACAAGCAAACGGGGGGCCGCGAAACAGUGACGGAUCAAUGCGCGACAACAGAUGUUUUGUAUACACGUGGGUUGGACUAGUUCCAUAGAUUAGCUAAAUUAACGCUGAUUAACGCGCGAAAAAGGUAAGAGAAUGUCGGCGACGAGCGAAACGACCACCGUGCUGCUGAAGAAAAGGGAGAGGACGCAGAAUUGGAUCCCCGAGGAGAAGAGCGCCCUGUUCUCCCUGAUCAAGCACCAUGUGAGCGCGAUCGAGAACAAGAAAAUCGACGCGGCCGCGUCCGCGAAGAAAUCUGUCGCCUGGCAAAAGAUUUACUGCGCGUUCCGCGGCCAAUUCUCGGCAGAUCGGGACAUCACCAGGAUCAAGGAACAGUGGCGGAGGAUGAAGGCGCAGGCGAGGAUGGAGAUGUUCUCGUACGCCGAAAAGGUACGAACCCUGGGACCGGACGUGGCCGCCAAAUCUCGUCCGCCGAAUCUCUCGAUCGAAGUGUGGCGGCUGAUGGAAAGCGUGCGCAAGAACGAUUCCGAGAACACCGAUCGUUCGGACGAUAGUCAGGACAAUGAGAAUCCACUGAAUCGGAUGGCGAUACAGGCAAUCCUGGAUAAAUUGACAUUACCCACGGAAACGCCAGAACCGGAACAGGAGAUUAAGAUUGAGGUCAAUAGCGAUACCGAGGACGAGAGUAAUCAUGGCGAACUGUCGCGACAAGUGUCGGAGGACUGUUUCUUGCAGCAGAAGCGUCCCAGGAUCAAAAUCCAAGGCGAGCCCAUUGAUCUCGAGCACAGAAUCACUUGCACCGACAGUGUGUCGACGUCCCGCGUCGAGAAUGCGAUGGAACACAACGACACGAUGAACGAGCUCGAGUGGAACAAUAGCCCAGCAACCUGCGACAAAGAUAAAUCGGUACAAAGAGCGACAUGGAUCUUCAAGUCUACCCAACGCGAGCACGAGAUCAAGCUGCGGAUGCUGCACAUCGAACUGGAGCGCGCAGAGUUACAGAAGCAGGCUGCCGUUAAUGAGCUGAAAACGUCCGAGCUCAAGAAACAAUUGAUGCUGGAUCAAGUCAAUGAGUACUACAGGUCAAAUCCGGAUGGCUUUAAUUAUGCUCGUUUUUACUAA